AUGGCCACCACAGGCAACGUGACUGAAAUCAUCCUGUUGGGGUUCUCCCUGAACCGAAACACGCAGAAGAUCAUCUCUGUGCUCUUUCUCCUCAUGUACACGGCCAUUGUUCUGGGCAAUGGCCUCAUUGUGGUGACCAUCGUGGCCAGCAAAGGCCUGACCUCCCCCAUGUACUUCUUCCUCAGCUACUUAUCCUUGGUGGAGAUCUGCUACUGCUCUGUCACCGUCCCCAAGCUCAUCCUCGACUCCUUUCUCGAGAGCGAUGUCAUUUCCGUCCAGGGCUGCAUUGCACAGAUAUUUUUCCUCCACUUCUUUGGCGGCAGCGAGAUCUUCCUCUUGACGGUCAUGGCCUACGACCGCUACGUGGCCAUCUGCAAGCCUUUGCACUACACCGUCAUCAUGAACCGGAGGGUGUGUGGCCUCUUGGUGGCGGCGGCGUGGAGCGGGGGCUUGUUGCAUUCGGCCGGGCAAACGUUCCUCAUUUUCCAGCUGCCCUUCUGUGGCUCCAAGGCCCUGGACCACUACUUCUGUGAUGUGCACCCCGUGCUGAAAAUGGCUUGCGCCGACACCUUCCUCAUCGGGCUGCUCAUCAUCGCCAACGGAGGCUCCAUCUCCGUCAUCAGCUUCGUGGUGCUGGUGGCGUCCUACGUGGUCAUCCUCCACUCCCUGAGGAGCCAGAGCUCCGAAGGCCGGCGCAAGGCCCUCUCCACCUGCGGCUCCCACAUCGCCGUGGUGGGCCUCUUCUUCAUCCCCUGCUCCUUCGUCUACAUGAGGCCCUGUGUCACCUUCCCGGCUGAUAAGGUCGUGGCCGUGUUUUACACGGUGGUCACGCCGCUCUUGAACCCUGUCAUCUACUCCUUCAGGAACGCGGAAGUGAAAAACGCCAUGAGGAGGCUGGUGGGGAAGAAGGUGAUUAGAGAGGAGACAUAG